AUGUUUUUGUUAAAAAUCGUUCUAUUCGCUUCAGUAUUUAAAAAGUCCCCAGCUCUAUUCCUAUUCAAGAGCAUACAAUGCAAAGUGAUAGAUCCCACCUUCGGGCGAUUUGAUCUCUGCCAGGUGCGUUUGGAAAAUAAAACAGCUUCAUGGAUUUCUGUUCAUGCGCAUCUUGAAAAAUUGCCACUGACAAAUGCUCGGAUGACAUUAUCAACGGGAUUUGAUAAGACAAAAAGUAUGCCAUUGUUCAAUAAUACCUGGGAUGUAUGUAAUUUUUUGAAAAAUCGUAAAAGGAAUCGGGCAUUUGGAAGGGUCUUUGAUUUCAUUGCACCCUAUACGAAUCUGAAUCAUUCGUGUCCGUAUAAUCAUGACAUUUAUGUCAACAAUUUUACAUUUUACGGCAAGAAGAGAUUAAUGCCGUUGCCUAAGGGUGGCUAUUAUGUACACACUUCGUACACAGUUGAUGGUAAACCUCGUAUGUCGGUGGAUAUAUCAUUUGAAUUAUACGAUUAA